GGAAUGAUCCCCAUCCAGCCAAGGGGAUUAAAAAUGAGAAGUUAGGGCUUUCUAAUAAAAAAAUCCAAAGCCAAAGUCUUUUGAAUUGAAAUAAGGGAUUUUGUUUUUGUUGAUAUCUCAGCAAAAACUCCGUUAUAUAAUUGAAAUAGAGAACUUUAAUUUUACCGAAAAUCGAUCGCUGAUUCCUAGAGACGCCGAGCAUGACGGACGGCUAUUGGAAUCGGCAGCAGCACCAGCAGCAGCACCAGCAGCAGCAUCCUCUUCUCUCCUCCGGUGGUAGUUUAAAACGACCUCGUUCCGACUACGAUCUCCAAUCUUCAGGGCUGCCUUCAAGCCAUGAGAUUCAUAAUUAUUAUCCCAGAGAUGAUGAUCAAGGCAGGUAUCAGGCAGUGAAGGAUACAAAGACAAUUGGGUCAGCAUACGACCAAUAUCUGCAAAAUGCGAAAAUUACUUCUCUUUCCUCUGGAGGAGCUAGUGGGUUAAGUGUUGGAUUGGGAAGGGCAACUGGUAAUGCAAUGACUGGUCUUCCAAUACUUGAUUCUGGCAUAAUGGACCGUCCUCGGGUCAGUGGUCUAGAUCUGGCAACAAAUGGUCGAGAUUUUGUUUUUCAAAGUCAACCUUCAAGGGAUACAAUAGAUAGGCCUGUUCGUGAAACUGUACCUCUACCCCCAGAUGCUUCCAGCACUCUAUAUGUUGAGGGACUCCCUCCUGACAGCACAAGGAGGGAAGUAGCUCAUAUCUUUCGCCCUUUUGUGGGAUACAAGGAAGUACGACUUGUGAGCAAAGAAUCCAAGCAUCGUGGUGGAGAUCCUAUUAUCCUUUGCUUUGUUGAUUUUGAAAAUCCAGCCUGUGCAGCAACUGCAUUGAGCGCCUUGCAAGGUUAUAAAAUAGAUGAACAUGACCAUGAAUCUAACUACUUGAGGCUACAGUUCUCUCGGAAUCCAGGUCCAAGAUCUGGCCAUGGAGGUCGUGGAAAGAGGUGAACCAUGAACAAAAAGUUUUGUGAAGAACACCUAUCAGGAAUGCAAAUCAGUAUUCUGGUACCCAUUUAUCCUACACUAGAAAAUCAGCAUUUUUGUUUUACUACAUAUUUAUGCAGAGCUUGCAAUUAGAUUGCUCUAUCCUCUCCACACUGAUUAUUAUCAACAAACCAGCGAAGUGGUGGGGGUGUUGCAAAUAUAUCUGAGAUUAAUCAUGUAAACAAACGGAGAGAUGCUUAGAUUGGUCACUGUAAACGAUUAUGUAGUUUCAUUUUCUGAAGCAAAAAAAUGGACAAUGAUUUUUAGAUGAUAAGCUCCUUGUAAGCUUUUCUUAGCAUGCUAAGUUUUAAUCUUCGUACUCGUAUCUGGAAUGUGUAAAUCCCAAUCUGGCUUUGUUAAUUGCUUGACUAUGAAAUUCAAACCUUAUUUAAGAUUAUUAAUGGGUGGUCAUGCCUUGAACUA